GCUCGACGGCACGACGACAACAGAAAGACCCGGGAUGGGGUUAGGGAUUUAGAUGAUCAGGACAUCUGGGGGUGAAAUCGACGGUGCUGCGUCGAAGCCGGACGAGAAAUGGGUCGGCGCCGAGGGGAUUCAGACUGGUGGAAGGGAUCAUGCGUUGGGUUCUCUGGAACUGCUCUCCCCCUCUUGGUUAUUAUUGUUAUGAUUAUUACCCACUAUGCCUGGCGGACUAUUCUACUUCCCUUCCGGCCUCUUCAAUUUUGACCAUCCGUUCCUUCUCACCUCUCUCGCACACUCUCUCAGUUGCGCCCCCGGACGAUUUGUUGGCAGUCAUACAUGGUUGAUAUUUCGCCUCUUCCCACAUAGAAACCCGCCGCCCACUCCUUCCUGCUCGCAUCCUCCCCCGUCGGCCCCUUCACGCCGUGGACGAGGACGGCAUUCGCAGGCGCCACGGAUUAGCCAGAACCCCCCAGGGCGCGGCUACGUCAUAGGUUGGACCCCCCCGGAGACGGACCAAUUCCACACGCUUCAGCACAAAUCGUCGAUCUGCUGGGUCAACAGAACCUGCUCCAGUGUUUCUUCAUUCUCGGAAAGGUCAGAUCAGUCGAACCUUCCUCGCCUUCAGUCAGUCAGUCCUGCACUCUCCCUCUUCCUCUGACUUCCUAAGUUCCUCACCUCCCCGUCUGCCAUACACCGCUUUUAGUCAC